CACAUGUUUUUAUCGCAACGUCACAUAUCUGCGACUGUCAAAUUGGUGUCUCAAAUCCUCCAGCAUGGCAGGGGCAGAUGGUGAAAAGAAGCCGGUAUUAGAAAUGGUGCAGGCUGAUGGGGCCGAUGAGGGCUGUGUGACAUUUGUGCUGCAUGAAGAAGACCACACACUGGGAAACUCCCUUCGAUACAUGGUCAUGAAGAGACCGGACGUGGAGUUUUGUGGGUACAGCAUCACCCAUCCUUCUGAGAGCAAAAUCAACUUUCGCAUCCAAACUCGAGGGGGACUAGCAGCAGUGGAGCCUCUCAGGAGAGGUCUGAAUGAACUCACUGAUGUCUGUCAGCAUGUCCUCAACACUUUUGAGGCGCGGGUGACUGAGUUCAAAGAGACGCAGGGGGAUCCUAUGGAGUGAGAAGCACAGUUCAACACAGCAGGAGCGGAGAACAGUCUGGUCAAGGGUCACACAUACACAGGGAAGCUCUAGAAGCCACUGUCGACAUUUUUGUACGCCUGCUAUGGUGACCCCCAAAUUGACCAAUGGCUCUCUUCUCCAAUGCAAAUACCCAAUUUUGUACAUUUCUGGUUAUUAAUAUGGGAAAAUAUUAUAUUACCCCAUAGCCCUAGAAGUUAUUCAUUUAUAUGGAAAACCUGUACAGCUUUAUCUGUAUUUUGUCUUUUUUGUGUUUCAAAAUAAAACAAUUUGUUACAAAGUG